UCGAGCUGGGGCUCUGGCCAAGGCCCCAUAGCUGGAAAAUGGCAGAGGCUGAGAUCCAGGACUGAAAUCCAAGGGGGGACGUAGCAGAUGGUCAGAGGUGGGCUGGGAAUCUCAAGGAGUCCAAUCAAGGAGUCUGGGAAAGCUGACCACUUGAGGCCUUCAGAUUGAGGACUGGGGGAGUCCUGCAGCCCAUCUCCCUCCCUCCCUUUCCCACAAACUCUGCAGUUUGCGAAACCAACCCAUCCCCAGAGUGCCUGCGGUUUCCUGUGGGCCUGGGGUCCUGCCUAACUCUGCAGUGGAGACUGCGGGCAGGGGAGACAGGAGCAGGUGAUUUAAGUCCUUUCUUUGCCUUCUAGUGCUGGGGCUGCUCAGUGGGCACACACGCGCGCACACACACACACACACACACACACACACACACACACACACCCUGAGUCAGCACUCUCCUGGAGGGGCGGGGCGGGGUCACCGAUUCAGUUAGUGGAGACUCUUUAAAGCCCUGCUAGGACCCUGCUACAGUCAGACACUACUACUCUCACCAUGAGUCCCUGGCAGCCCCUGGUCCUGGCGCUCCUGGUGCUGGGAUGCUGCUCUGCUGCCCCUGCCUACCGCCAGGCCAACAUGAUGACCUUCCCCGGAGACCUGAAAAGCAUGACCCUCACUGAAUCGCAGCUGGCACAGGAAUACCUGUUACACUACGGUUACACUGUUGAGCAUGAGAUGCAGAAGACUGAGAUGCAGACGACUGAGAUGCAGAAGACUGAGUCGCAGAAGACUGAGGUGCAGACGUCGGAGACGCAGAAGACUGAGGUGCAGAAGACUGAGAUGCACAUGUAUGCGAGCACUGAGGUGUCCCUGCAAUCACAUCUGCUGCAUCUGCAGAAGCAGCUGUCCCUGCCCGAGACUGGUCAGCUGGACAACACCACCCUGAAGGCCAUACGAACCCCACGCUGCGGUGUCCCAGAUACGGGCAGGUUUCAAGCUUUUCCAGGUCAACCCAAGUGGGACCACAACAACAUCACAUAUUGGAUCCAAAACUACACGCAAGACUUGCCGCCCCACGUCGUCGAUGAUGCCUUUAUCCGUGCCUUCGACGCGUGGAGCGCAGUGACGUCGCUCACCUUCACGCGCGUCUAUAGCGAGGAGGCGGACAUCACCAUCAUGUUUACUUUCGCGGAGCAUGGAGACCCUUACCCCUUAGACGGGAAUAACGGGGUUCUGGCACACGCCUUUGCUCCUGGCCCCGGUAUUCAGGGAGACGCCCACUUCGACGACGACGUGUUGUGGUCUCUGGGCAAGGGCGCCGUGCUUUCUACCUACCGCGGAAACGCAAAUGGAGCCCCCUGUCACUUCCCCUUCACCUUCGAGGGCCGCUCCUACUCCACUUGCAUCACAGCCGGCAUCUCUGACGGCAGUCCUUGGUGCGGCACCACCGCCAACUAUGACACCGACCACCAGUAUGGCUUAUGCCCCAGCGAGAAACUCUACACCUAUGAAGGCAAUGCAGACCGCAAACCCUGCGUGUUUCCAUUCGUCUUCGAGGGCAAAUCCUACUCUGCCUGCACCACCCAAGGUCGCUCUGAUGGCCGCCACUGGUGUGCCACCACCCCCAACUAUGAUGUGGACAAGCUGUAUGGCUUCUGCCCAAACCGAGCUGAUGCAGCUGUGAUUGGAGGCAACUCCGCUGGGGAAAUGUGCGUCUUCCCCUUUACCUUCCUGGGCCAGGAGUACUCGGCCUGUACCGUCCAGGGCCGAACUGAUAAUCGCCUCUGGUGUGCCACCACCUCAAACUUCGACACUGACAAAAAGUGGGGCUUCUGCCCAAAUGAAGGAGUCAGCCUAUUCCUUGUGGCAGCGCACCAGUUCGGUCAUGCACUGGGCCUAGGCCACUCUUCGGUGCCAAAGUCACUCAUGUACCCCAUGUAUAACUUCAUGGAGGGCACCUUGCUGCACGAGGAGGACGUGACAGCGAUCCAGCAUCUCUAUGGAUCAAAGGAGCAAAUCUCUAGUUCUUCUCAGGUCUCUAGCGUGUCUUCGGUUCAAGUGGACAAUGCCUGCAAUCUCAGCAUCUUCGACGCCAUUGUGGAGAUCGGGAACUAUCUGCACUUAUUCAAGGAUGGACGGUAUUGGCAAUUCUCUGAGGACAGAGGGUGCCAGGGCCCCUUCCUUAUCACCGACACGUGGCCCGCACUGCCUGCUCGACUGGAUUCUGCCUUUAAGGAGCCAAUCUCCAAUAAGAUUUUCUUCUUCUCGGGGCGCCAAGUGUGGGUGUACGUAGGCACGACGGUGCUGGGCCCGCAGCCUCUGGACAAACUGGGUCUGACCCAGGAUGUGACCCAAAUCACCGGGGUCCUCUGGCUUAACUGGGGGAAGGCGCUGCUGUUCAGCAAGCAUCUCUUCUGGAGGUUCGACGUGAAGUCGGAGACAGUGGAUACCCAGAUGCCCACUUGGGUGGAUCAGAUGUUCUCCGGAGUGCCCACGAACUCGCACAACAUCUUCCAAUACCAAGAGAAUGCCUACUUCUGCCAGGAUCGCUUUUUCUGGCGUGUGAAUUCCAAGUUGGGGAACCACGUGGACAAAGUGGGCUCUGUGACCGUGGACAUCCUGAAGUGCCCUUAGGACUAGGGCUCUCAUCCGUCUUCAGCAGUGCAGUGUGGGUCCUCACGGGACCAUCCCUGCGGGGAAGAAGCCAGUUUGCAGGAUACAAACUGGUGUUUUCUUCUAGAACAUGGAGAGGAGUGGAGGUGGGCUGGGCCCUGUCUUCACAACUUUUUUGGUCAGAAUGUUUCUAAUAAACUUGGAU